CCGGGGAGCGAGCGGGCGAGCGAGUUAGCGAUCGAGCGGUGCGGGGUGCGAGGCGAGGCCGAGCCACAGCGACAUGGGGGACCGGGAGCAGCUGCUGCAGCGGGCGCGGCUGGCCGAGCAGGCGGAGCGCUACGACGACAUGGCCUCCGCCAUGAAGGCGGUGACAGAGCUCAAUGAACCUCUCUCCAAUGAAGAUCGAAACCUCCUCUCUGUGGCCUACAAGAAUGUGGUUGGCGCCAGGCGAUCUUCCUGGAGGGUCAUCAGCAGCAUCGAGCAGAAGACCAUGGCCGACGGGAACGAGAAGAAGCUGGAGAAAGUCAAAGCUUACCGGGAGAAGAUCGAGAAGGAACUGGAAACGGUGUGCAACGACGUCCUGGCCCUGCUGGACAAGUUCCUCAUCAAGAACUGCAACGACUUCCAGUACGAGAGCAAGGUGUUCUACCUGAAGAUGAAGGGCGACUACUACCGCUACCUGGCAGAGGUGGCUUCCGGCGAGAAGAAAAACAGUGUGGUCGAAGCUUCCGAGGCGGCCUACAAGGAAGCCUUUGAAAUCAGCAAAGAGCACAUGCAGCCGACGCACCCCAUCCGGCUGGGCCUGGCCCUCAACUUCUCUGUGUUCUACUACGAGAUCCAGAAUGCGCCCGAGCAGGCCUGCCUCUUAGCCAAACAAGCCUUCGAUGACGCCAUAGCUGAGCUGGACACACUAAACAAGGAUUCCUAUAAGGACUCCACGCUCAUCAUGCAGUUGCUGCGAGACAACCUCACCCUCUGGACGAGCGACCAGCAGGAUGAAGAAGCAGGAGAAGGCAACUGAAGAGCCUGCAGGUUCCCGCCUUCCCUCCACCCACCGCCCCCCUCAUCACUGAUUCUUCCUCGCCACAAUCACUAAAUAUCUAGUGCUAAACCUCUCUGUAUUGGCAGCGCCGCUACUCAGAUCUGCUCCCCCGCCCCCCGGGAAGCAGUUUCAGAUCCAUCUUCAUGGGCAUAGCUGGAUCGAUGGUUGCUUGGAGCCCACGGGAGCUUUCUUUUGAAUUGUGUAGACAAGUGCGUUCUGAAUGAGGCAUUUUACUAUGCCUGUUGGUAGUUGUGAAAGCGAUGGGGAAGUUUAGAAAGGAGAAUUAGCCAAAACCGGCUACAAUGAUAUUUAAAAGAUCCAUUUAAAAUGAGCUGAUAGUGUUUUGUUAAUAAGCAGUACAUCUUGUGCA